ACUCCUGCACUUCCGGGUUAAUGUUGUUUGCUGAUAAGAGUCGACUAGAGGUCAUGUAAUAAAGUGUGUCUCUUGCCUUAUUGACUCGUAAUCCGCGUAAUCCCAUGGCUACUGCAAAAACACUAUUGUUUGUAUAAUCGUGCUGUGCUUCUUGGAUCAGUCAUGUCGCAGUCUUCGUCUGGAUUCACUCCGGCUGCUCAAGAAUCACAUGGGUCGAGUAAGGGCGCUUUUAAUGCCUCUUAUAUUCCCAAUGAAGAAGAGAGGCGUGUCUUCAGAGAGUGCAAUUCAGAAAGCCUCUGGUACAGAUCCUUGCCAUUUUCUGCCAUUGCAGUUGCAGCGACUCAGGUAAUGGUAUCAAGAGGAAUCCUUACUCCAUCGCCCAGAUUUGGCUCUCUUCCUAAAGUUGCAUUUGCCGGCAUGUUUGGAUACAUUACUGGGAAAAUGUCUUACAUGAGGGUCUGUGAAGAAAAGUUUAGGAAACUGGAGAACUCCCCGCUGGGAGAGGCACUACGACAGAGACGUCUGCAUCACAUGCCUUCAGAGCUAAACCAGUCAGACUUUGAAGGUCCAAACCCAUCAGAAUCUCAACAGUCUGUUUCGGAGUCAGAAGUCAGUUCUUUGCCUGAGAGCGACAGCAGUUACACCAGUGACUACACCUACAGCAGACCCUCCCAAUCAUACGACCCCACUCCUUUCAGUUCUGGAUUCAGUGAUUCUGGUCCUGUUAACAUCAGGGAUGAUAUUUCUCCUCAAGCUCCACUCUAUCCAGAUGAGGAUGUGCCCAAAAAGAAGCCAGUGUUGUAUGAGGAACUGCGUAGCAAGAAUAGAGAGAACUAUGAGGUCACUCUCACACAGAAAGCUGAAACCCAGAUGAAACCACAAACAGUGGCACCAGUACCUAGGAAGGAAGUUAAAAAGAACAAAUAUGGAGAUGCUUGGGAUGAGUAAUCAACUGUUUGAGGCGCUCAAGAUCUCAACACAGUGACUUCUGUGGAGUUGUCAUGACUCCUUCUGCCAGAUCAGACCAAAAGCUGCAAUCAAAAGUUGAAUGUACCUUAAGGAGUAAAACUCAAUUUUUCAAAUGAAUGCUAAAUGACUAUUUUCUUUUGAUAGCACAUUUAUGGAUUGAAAACAAGUUUUUCACCAUGGCUUCUUGCUUUAAGCAGACUUAAGAAAUCAUUUUAACAAACUGUCAUUGUUUUUAUUGAUCAGGACAUUCUGGGCAGAUGUGCUUGAGAUUUGCUAAUAAAUAAAUAAAAUUAUAUAAUAACAAUAAA